AUGGCUGAGAAGCGCAAACUCUCCACCCGCGACCGUCGCGAGCCUUCCGCGAAAAGACGUCAAUCUGAAGCCGCACCUCAAUCUCAGGCUCAACAGGGCUCUUCUUCCAAGAAGAAAGGUUCUACACCGAGUGUUGCUCCCACGCCCCAACCUCCUCCGCCUGAACCAGAGGUCAUCGAGAAGCCCCUGCCGACGAAGAUCAAGGAUGGAGAGGCUCUCCCAACGCUGUGCGCGCCGCAGCCCGCCGACCUUUCAUCCAAAGAGUAUCAGUCAAUCGCCGAGAGUGCUGUCCUUCUCGCCUCUCUGGAACGAUCGAAGAAGAAAUGGCUCAGCGACGGCAUUCUAGAGCGAUACUACACCAAACCCAAGAAGUCCAAAAGAGAGCAGAUUGAAGGCAAAAAUCCCCCCAAGGAGUCCAUGCUGAAAGUUGGACCUUGCAACAUCGCGAUUGGGCCUCACCUUUUCGAUGCUAUGCUGUACACCGUCAAAGAUCCUAACGCUCCGCCACCGAUUCAAUACACUCCCCCCCAGCGGCCGAUGGUUCACUAUGGCCAUCCCAACUUCCAGCAGUACCAUUCCUAUCCACAUCCACCACCAUCUCAACAGUCGCGCCAGCCCGCUCAUUACUCCCCCGCCCACUCGGCUUCGCCACAACCAGGUUACCCCCAGGGCAGCCAACAUCCGCCUCCACAUCCCGCGCGAACACCCACUCAUCCACCUUCUCACAAUGCUCCUCGUCCCCCCUAUACCCCUCAGUCAGCCCAGCGCCCGCCUGCGUCUCAACAUGCACAGCCCCCUCAACCUCCAAAGCCCAGUCCGGACCCGGUCAUUCAAAUGCUUGCAACGCGAGCUGCUUCAGACCCCGAUCUCAAGGCGCUGAUGAGAGUGGUUGCUAGCAGCAAGGCGUCUCAGGAACAGCUUCGAGCGUUUCAGGCUCAUAUUGAUGAACUGAAUGCGAUCAUUCGUGCGAGAGAGCAACAGCAACAGCGACAGCAACAACAGCAACAAGGGCAAGCUCCAGGCAGUGCUCAAUCGCAGACACCGCGCCACACGCCGCAACCUGCACAGCAGGGAGUUCCACAGCGACAACCUCAGCAUUCACCGCUGCAGAAUUCCCAGCAAUCGCAAUCUGAGCAGCCGAGUCAAAAGCAAGGCCCGUCGCAGGCCCAGCCAGGCUCGACCCCCCAACAUCGGCCGCAAUCACAAUCACAGGCUAAACCGCAGCCGCAGCCGAUGCCAAGAGUGGAAGUUCAAAUUCCCAAGCCCUCUCCAGCGAUGAAGUCUGCAGUACAGAAUUCCAGCCAAACUCCGACCAAGCAACCUCAAACACCCACUGCUCAGAACUCUAAUCCUACUCCUCAGGUCAAACAGGAGCCGGGAACGACUGCGACCAGUCGACCGCCCCCUGGUGGAGUAUCUAGUCCUAGUAUUGCGGUAGUCCCGCCGCCCCCUCCGGGCGCAGCUUCUACUCCUCACCAGCCAAAUUCGAGUCCUGCAGUACGGCCAAUGAACCAGCCUCCUCCGAACCACACUCCAGCACCGCGUCCAGGUGGCCAGUAUCCGCCAUUCCAAGGCCAGUCUCCUUCAAUACAGUCACGUCCACAGCAACACGGGUCUCCGGCCUACUAUCGUCCUGCUCCUCCCCUGCCUCCUCCUAGGGUGGGCUACAAGUCGGUUGUCUUUGAGUUUACCUCACCAUUAACUCCCUACGGAAGUAGCACUUCAGGUCAUGCAGGCUCAGGAGACCGGUAUUUGUUUCCGGAGUACUCUAUUUUGGAAUGGCUUCCUGGAGGAAACACGGUUCUAGCGUCCUUCUUACUCAUUCGGAAGGUGGACCCCAACACACCGUUCCCCAUAGAAGAUGCUUCAGUGACGACCACAUCCCGAGCCAAGGGCAAGUCGACCUCCAAGUCGAAGAAAGCGGACAAGAACAAAGACAAGGCAGCGGAAGGUGGGGAGGGCAAAGAGAAAGACAAGAAAGAGAAUGACAAGUUCGAUGAGGGCGCUAAGGAGAAGGACAAUACUCAAUCUUCUAGCAAUCAGGAUUCCGCUACGGCCGCUACUGACUCGGCUAAAGGAUCAGACAAUAAAGGCAGCCAGAAGGCUCAGGCGGAAACUCCGAGCAAACCAGACUCCGACAAAUCCAAGGAGUCGAAGGAAGAUGCAGACAAGUCGAAUCUUAAGGAGUACUACCAGCCCGUCACGAUUCGCAUCUACAGCGCCAACCCGAAGUUCCUAGAGCCUCUGGCACGGGUGGUCAAGACACCAGACGAGGUGCGCAAGUACAUGAAUGAAGUAAUGGACCGCGCAGAACGUGCCCCCGAGGGAUUCCUGGCCUUACGUCUUCCGCGCGAGAACAAGGAUGAACACGAGCCCGAGGCCACGAGAAAAAGCGGAACUCCUGCUCCUGCCGCAAAUUCAGGCGCGCGCAGUCGGUUCCUAAAGAGUAACGCUGCGGAUGAGGAAUCAGAAAUCGAGAACAUCAAUGGACUUGUCGAGGAGGAAGAAGAAGAGGAGUUGAAGGACUUCUAUGGGCCCCCGACUGGUCUCACGCCUCUUAGAGUAUGA